UCGCAGUGAGCUUCUCUUCACUGUGCUCGAGCCCUCCUGUGGGGCAGUUAUGUUAUCGUGAGGCAGCGUCCCGGUCUCCUCAACCCGGCGUCCGCUUAGGAUGGACGAGAGGAGAGCUGAACCGGACCGUCGCAUCGGCGGCAGCGGCAGUCCGGUCACACUGUUCGGGGAAUUCACGAUCAUUGGGAACCGAAAAGUCAGGUGUUCCGUGAGCUUGACCGAGAGGGACCUGCUGAUCCAGAGGUUCGCGUCGGCACCUGUCGGGCGGAACAAGGUGGUGCUGAGUCUGAAGGACUGUAUUGGCUGCCGGGCUUAUCGGACGGAUGACUCCUCAGACACGGCGGCGUACUUCUCAGCCUACUUUUACCCGCUGAAACGGCGCUGGAUGAGCUCCGGAGUGUCGCGGCAGAGAGUGGAGCACUGCUUUCGGCUCUCCGCGCUCCAGGACCCGGGAGCUAACCUGGAGGAGGCGGAGAAGUGGGCUCGUGCUGUUCGAGAGCGCAGUGGCAGGCAACGGUAUCCAAGAGACGGUGUGUCAGUGAGCGAGUUGCCUCGUCCGUGCCGAAUGAUGUUGCUGGUGAAUCCACAGAGUGGAAAAGGACAAGCGCUCACUUUGUACAACAACCAUAUUCAACGGCUGCUCAACGAAGCCGGCAUCCAGCACACUCUGGUGAUCACUGAGCGGCAGAACCACGCCCGAGAGCUGCUGAGAGAGGCUGACCUGUCACAAUGGGACGCACUAGUCAUCAUGUCAGGAGACGGACUUCUGUACGAGGUGAUAAAUGGUCUGCUGGAGAGACCGGACUGGGAGGAGGCUGUUCAGAUCCCGCUGGGAAUCCUUCCUGGUGGUUCAGGCAAUGCCUUGGCUGCAUCCGUACAUCACUACUCUGGAGCGUCCCCAGUGUACAGUGAGGAGCUCCUGGUCAGCUGUGGUUUCCUGCUCUGUAAAGGACUGGUGUCUCAUAUGGACCUGGUCUCCGUCCAUCUGUCCUCCAGCCCUCGGCUCUUCUCCUUCCUGUCCUUGGCCUGGGGCUUCGUAGCAGACGUGGACAUCGAGAGCGAAAAGUACCGCCACGCAGGCGCUGCCAGGUUCACUGUGGGGACACUGGUGAGACUGGCCUCUCUCCGCAUAUACAAGGGCAAGCUGGCGUAUCUGCCUGCCGCCGUGGACUGCAACGGUGAGGAAGGCUUGAGAAAAAACACGACGCUGCAUUGCAACAAUCAGGCUUCUUCCCUGAGUCCAGCCUCACUGCUGUGCCACCGGGGAGGAGACACUCCCUGUGAGAACACCCUUCACAACUACUGCCACUCCAACAACUCCCUAAAAGUACGCAAGGCAGAGAACACUCCGUCCAGAAGUGCCAUCAAAUCUCUCCCCGGCCCGACUGACUCUGUGCUGCUGCCCCUGGACCAACCGCUGCCCAGCAGCUGGGUGGUGGUCCAGGAAGAAGACUUUGUCCUCAUGCUGGCCAUGCACCAGUCCCACCUGGCAGAGGACCUGCUGGCAGCACCCGAGGCCACCGUGGGCGACGGCAUCAUCCAUCUUUUCUACGUCAGAGCGGGAAUAUCACGCGGUGCUCUGCUGAGGCUCUUCCUCGCUAUGGAGAAAGGUGCACAUCUGGCAACCAACUGUCAACAUCUGGUGUACGCCAAGGUGCAGGCGCUGAGGCUGGAACCGCAUUCACCCAAAGGCAUAAUCACAGUGGAUGGAGAGGUGGUGGAGUACGGGCCGGUGCAGGCAGAGGUUCACAGAGGUCUGUCGAGGUUAAUCACUGGAUGAACUUACAGGAACAAACACGGUCAGCUUUCAUCUCUGCCGUCGAUGCAUUUCAAAUCAGAAAUGUAACGAGGUGCAAGUGCAAAGCAAUGGAUGCUACGUUAAAAGGGAGAGUUCCUGUUGUCAAGGUGGGGGCGUUAAGGUACUGUGUUACAUGCAGUGGAACCAAAACACUAUUCCUGCAUUGUUUUAAUGUGAAUAAACUGUUUGCUAUAUUUGAAAUAUUA